UAUUUUAGCAUCAGUCUCUGGAAAUUUCGAAAACCGUCAUCAUAUUUACUCGCAAACCUUGGUUAAAAUGAGAAUCUUGCUCGUGUCGUUGCUGUUUUUUACAGCUUAUGCAUUUCCUAGUGAUUAUCAAAAGGAUGUGAAGUUAUCAGAUUCGGGCCACGCAAGGAAAAGAUCGUUCAAUCAUGGCACCGCCGUUUUUGGAUCUACUACAUUCUACAACGGUCCUUCCUUCCAUUCCGCUCCAGCCGGCGUCUUUGCACCAUCCCCAGCAGUAUCCCAUCAGUCUCGUGAAGACGUCCAUACAUCUGAAACCCUAUUAUCAGUUUCACCUGUGGCUUCACCAGUUUUAGUCCAAGUUUAUCAAGCUCCAUCCGUCUAUACAGUUCCUGUUCAUAGUCAUCUUGGAGGAACUGCAGUAUCUCACCAAACACGUGUGGAUUCGAAGUCUUCUUCAGUAGUGCUGGCGCCACUAGUUGUUGAAUCCCAACCUAUAUUGCACUCAGUUGUGAAAGACACGCCUGUUGUUGACUUUGACUCUGUUUAUACGUCUUCAGCUUCGUCAUCCUUAUAUCAACCGAAUGCUUACGCUGUCGCUUGGUAAUAAAUUUGAUAAGUUAAUAACGAACAGCUGAUUUGUUUGACAACUUAAAAAUAAUGAAAUAAAUUUUUUUAUUCAUC